AUGACUGAAACCGACUCCACUACUCUGAGGUGUCCAGGUUGCAGAGAGGCACGUGGCACGUUGGGUCUGCUGUCGAUUUUACGGAAACUGAAGAGUACCCCUGACCAGGAGGUGCGAAUCUUGCUUUUGGGUCUGGAUAACGGGGGCAAGACCACAUUACUCAAACAACUGGCGUCGGAGGAUAUCAGUCACAUCACUCCUACACAGGGCUUCAACAUCAAGAGUGUGCAAUCACAAGGUUUUAAACUUAACGUGUGGGAUAUCGGGGGUCAGAGAAAGAUUCGACCUUACUGGAAGAACUACUUUGAGAACACAGACGUGCUGAUCUAUGUUAUAGACAGUGCAGAUCGCAAGAGAUUUGAAGAAACAGGACAGGAGCUGGCUGAGCUGUUGGAGGAGGAGAAGCUGAGUGGUGUUCCAGUCCUGGUCUUUGCGAACAAACAGGACUUACUGACAGCCGCUCCUGCCUCCGAGAUCGCAGAGGGUUUGAACCUGCACACCAUCCGGGACAGGGUGUGGCAGAUCCAGUCCUGUUCUGCACUCACCGGGGAAGGGGUUCAGGAUGGCAUGAACUGGGUCUGUAAGAGUGUCAACUCCAGGAGGAAGUAA